GACCAUAAACACAAUAAUAAUUUAUUGUUUAUUCAGGUUUCAGCUACAUAAAUAAAAUGAAAAUAGCAACACAUGAAAACGAUGAACGAGCUGUCAAAACUCAAAAAGUAGUUUGGCUGUAUUUUCAUGGGUGUCGAGUUUCUUUGAAUAAAUUCCAUAAUUUUUGAAAUUCUUCUGACUCUAUCAAUUAUGAGUGUUGUGAAAAUGGUUUAGAUAAGCUUCUGUGUGUAAAAAGUACUACUUACAGGCCUUGCACGUCUUCGCGUAAACAAAUCCAAAAUGUCCGUUCCUACAACAGGAUUGAGUAAAUUGAAAAAGAAACAUAUUCGUGUGAAACACCAGAAAGUGAAAUUAUUCCGUGCUAAUGAACCUUUACUCUCUGUUUUUAUGUGGGGAGUUAAUCACACGAUAAAUGAACUGAGCCACGUCUCAAUACCUGUUAUGUUACUUCCUGAUGAUUUCAGGGCAUAUUCUAAACUUAAAGUUGAUAACCAUUUGUUUAAUAAAGAAAACAUGCCAUCACACUUCAAAGUAAAGGAGUACUGCCCUCUCGUCUUCAGGAAUCUGCGAGAGAGAUUUGGAAUAGAUGACCUUGAUUAUAAGGAGUCAUUGACUAGGUUUAGAAAACCAGAUAACUACCUCCGUUCGAGAGCCAGAAAGAAGUAUAUUAAUAAGCUGCGGCGUUCGGCCACAGCGCCGUCUGGUGUUACGGAGAUGAGGAAUGGACAAGAGAGCCUCCGAGAUGCUUGCGAUCUGCUCAAAUAUGGCCUGAGUAUGAAUCUCAGGCUGAGGUCGCAGCCGAUACCAGAUGAAUCUUCGGGAAAGUCCGGCGCGAAGUUCUAUCAAAGUUAUGACAGGCUCUUCAUCCUGAAAACCUUGACUUCGGAGGAGGUGGAACGGAUGCAUUCAUUCCUCAAACAUUAUCACCCGUAUAUCGUGGAGCGUCACGGCAAGACUCUUCUGCCCCAAUACCUUGGCAUGUACCGGCUCACUGUGGACGGUAUUGAACAUUAUCUAGUCGCUACCAGGAAUGUUUUCUCCAACCACUUAAAUAUACACAAAAAAUACGACCUAAAAGGGUCGACAGUGGAUCGUGAGGCAUCUGAGAAGGAGUUGGAGAAAGAGUUGCCAACGCUCAAAGACAACGAUUUUAUAAAGCAAGGUAUUAGGAUCGACAUCGGAGACGCUGCAAAGGAGAAAUUGUUGGAGACACUUACAGCUGACGUUGAGUUCCUAACAAAACUCCAUCUGAUGGACUAUUCCCUUCUACUUGGAGUACACGAGUGUGGUCGAGGCGAAGCAGAAGCUGAAGCAGCCCGACAGAAGGAAGCCGAGAACGACACAGAGAAUGAUUCCGAGUCUGACAGCGAUACUGACAAUCGCCAUGACAGAUGGGGUUUUAACACACCACCAGAUAGUCCGCGGGGUUUCGGUCGUCAGUCCUCCCUGCGAUAUGAGGGCAUCAUACCGGAACUGGAUAUCUACGCCAUACCCAGCCAAGAAGGAGCACCAAAGAAAGAAAUUUACUUCGUGGCGCUAAUUGAUGUCCUCACGCAUUAUGGUGUUAGGAAACAGGCGGCAAAAGCGGCGAAAACGGUAAAGUACGGCAGCAAUGUUGACGGCAUAUCGACCUGUGACCCCGAACAGUAUGGGAAACGCUUCAUCGAGUUCGUAGCUAAGGCCAUCGAAGGGAACUAAGUACAACGUCGGUAUUUUGUGCCUCUUUUAGUGACAAUUGGUUGUCAGUACGACAAACCCAUAUUUCAAAACUUCACUGUCAACUGUCAAUGUCAGCCGUCAUAACAUAUAUGUGCGACUGUACUCUAUGCACUUUAUAUAUUGACGAAGUAUGUUGAUUUCACCACUGUUUACUAUAUAUAUGUUCAGCGUCAUGGCAAUAAUGUGCUGUACAUAGUUAAAUUUUGUUUUAAUAAUUUCACAUUAUAUUUCAGAUACUUAUAACAAAAAUUUUAUCCAUACUUUUUAAAUUAAAUUUUUGUUAUUGAAGAAAGUUACCUUGAGUCGUUUUUUUAUAACCGAUUUAUGGAUAAAAAUAUGCUGCAUCACUUUGUAAAGCUGUGUUUAUAAGUAAACAUUAUUUUAAUUAGAAACGCAGUUGAUUCCUUUAUUUAAACAUUAUUUUCUAUUUUGUUUUUAAAGCAUUAUAGUUUUGCUAGAAUUUUUGUUAGGUUUCCGAUGGUAGGGAAGUUCACAGGGUUGUAGGUUAACUGACUGAGCACUAAAAGAGGUAUGAACUUUCAACCAAGUAUCUAAACUGGAUAUGUCUUACUUGGAAGUGUUGACUAAUAAAGCUUCAGGAAAGAUAAAUAAUUUAUAACUUCUAGUGAGAAAGUAAUUUUUAAAGAGAGUACUAAAUACUAGAGACUGUUUCUAAGUAAUUGUUAGUAGGAUUUUAGAGUGGGUAACACUGCGAUGCGCACAGUUCCGCUAGUACGUUACAUAUUUUAACAAUUUUGCCCAUGUCACGUGAUACUAUUAACUUUGACAAGUGUCAACUGUCUAACGCAGAGAUUAAUGCAGUUUUAAGUAAGCGCAAUGUGGUGGCGAAAUGUGCGCUGAGUUGCCAACUCUAAAUAUAUAAGCAAAGUUCUACUGUUCUAAUAACAGAAGUUAUAAAUUGUUAUAGUUUUUUUUUUUGCAUUUGGUAUACGUGUCUCGGUGAUUACGCGGUAAAUACCGGUUUUGUCUCAAAAUAUUUUGGAUUGUCGAAAGUGCCAUAAGGUAUAACACGAGUUUAACACGCAGUUAGUAAUACAUAUUUUGUGUAUUGUUCCAGUUAAAAUUUGACUUUGAUUAGCAAAUUUAAUAAUUAAAAUGAUCAUAAUAAUUCUUAAAUUAUAAUACGAUUAGGGUACCAAUUCAACUUUAGGCGAAAAUAUGUGUGUGUCUCUAUAUUACAUUUGUCAAAAUCGCUAGCCGAUAUUUAUGGUUUUUAUAUAUUGUGAAAUGGUUAAUAUUCAGUUGGUAUAUGUGGUGCCCUGUAUAUAUAAAUUUUUGCGACAUUUUGUUGUUUUUCAAAGCUCAAUGCUUACGUGCAAUUUUAAUUGCGUUACGAUUAAAACACAUUUGAACUGAUCUUGCACAUUUGCAAUAUUUUCCUAACUCGUUGCUAGCUUUUAUAAUGUUCCGCUAUAGAGUAGACGCUGAGAAAUUUAUAACUGUUAAAUUAUCUUUAAAAUUUCGUGUUGGCGAGAAGGUUAAGGAAUGUGGUACCAUGAGAUGUAGGAAAUUAAAAAAAAAACUGUUAAAGCGUCAUCUAGCGAGAGAACUUUUAUUGCACAGGAAAAAAGUUAAAAGGCGUUUCGUGGUACCAAUUGAGAGAUAACUUGUGUAUAUUGAAAUUGUAUGUUCGGUAAUUAAACGCUAUAAAUUAUAACUUUGCCAAUAUUAUUAGCUUAGUUCUUUUCUAGUGUAGUCGAAAUUAUUGUAAGGUUUUUGUUAUUUAUUAUUCUAAUGGGAAGACUUGGAUUGUUAUGGUCUACGUGAAUAUUAGGAAAUUGUAAAGUAUUAAAGACUUUUAUUGUUUCCUUAAUUUCGAGGUAUUGAUGUUAGUAUUAAUAUGUUGAAUUCACAUAUUAUGUCCGUGUACCAAAAAUUAUUACUUCACUCAUAUAACAAGAGAUCAGCACAUAUUUUUCUAGGCCGAUUAUACCUAAAGCGUUGUAAACGUUGCCUAUUUCAUUUUGUGGAUUGGAAUGUACCAUCCGACAUCAUUACAAAAAUACGUCAAAAAUGCACAAUUUGAAUAUUAUCGGCUAUAUGUUGUAUGUAGUUUUAUGUGCUAUAUUAAUUUUAUGGGCGAAAUCAGACUUAUUUAUUCCAAGUAAAGACAAUUUGUGUCAAAAAAAUCGUCCAGCGUUGUAGUUAAAGUUCUCAAAUUAAAUUAUUGUCAGUUUACUAAUUUUAAAAAGUUAAUAAUAAACAUGAGAAGUACUUUUGUUUUCAACUUAACCUCAAAAGGUUGAAUGUUGUAUUCAACUAUGAGUUUUUUUAAAUAAAAAUAUGUAUGUAAACUGCAAGGUGUCAGGAUAGUAGUAUUUUAUAUAAUAGCUUUGCUACUGUUUAAUUAUUGUAAUGUUUAUCCUCUAGUCUCAAUCUUGUAAAGACAAUGUAUGAAAAUUAAAGAAUUUAAUUUUUUAACAUUCGGUUUAUAAAGUUUCUGUCAA